AUGCCGCCCGACCCGCGCCCAAUCGACGAGGACGACGACUACGAGUCCUCCCAGGACUCCGACUUUGCCCCCGAAGACGAGGCGGCCCUGGCCCACGACGACUCGGGCGGUUCAGACGCAGACGAUGCCGACGCAGCCACCAGGCGCAAGCGGCCCGCCGCCGCGGGCGACGAGGCCGAGGACGCGGGGUUCGAGAACUCGGGCGACGAGGCGAUUGUGAAGAAGGGCAACAAGAAGAAGAAGCGCAGGAAGGAGCAGAACGGCACCGCGGCGGACAGUGACGGCGACGAAGAGGGCGGCGAGGGCGGCCUCGUCAAGACGAGGAGCAUGCGCGCGCAAGAGAAGGGAGAGAGGAAAGCCGCCGCCAUCGCCGGCCCCGUCACCGUCGACGUCGACGCCCUCUGGGCGCAGAUGCUCUCCGGCACGCCAGCGCCAGCGGCCCCCCGCGUCGAGGCGGCCGAUGCCAUGGACGUCGACGCCCCGAGCGCGGCACGCGCGGCCCCCGAAGCCGAGACGGACGACCCGUCGUCCUCCAUGAUCCGCAUCAAGCGCACCUACAACUUUGCCGGCAAGGUGCACACGGAGGAGAAGCUCGUGCCGCGCGACUCGGCCGAGGCGAAGCUCCACCUCGCCGCCCAGGGCGACGUGCUGGCGCCGACGUCGGCGUCCGACGAGCGGGACGCGCCUCGCGUUCUGCGCAGGGCGUUCCGGUCGGCGUUUGAGCCCGUCGUCGACGUGCUGGCGCCGACGCGCGGGGAUCUCAACCUCGGCGUGACGGUGCGGAUCCGCGCGCGCGACGAGCGAGACGCGCAGGAGGCGAAGAAGCUCAACACGGUGGAGAAGAGCCGCAUGGACUGGGCCGGCUACGUCGACAAGGAGGGGCUCAAGGACGAGCUCGAGCUGGCGGGGCGGUCGAAGGACUCGUAUGCCGGGCGGCAGGACUUUUUGGCCCGGAGCGAGGCGCUGCGGGAGGAAGAGGCAUACCGGGCACGCAUGGCGGGACGGGUGUGA